CGAAAAGAAAAGCGAUUAUCGGUUUUAUCCGAAUUGAGGCAGUAUUCGACGAACCAGCUCGUCUUCCAUAAACCUUCGCAAUCACGCCAUCGAGUUCCCCGCCAGCGUAGUUCCUGCCCCUCCUUCUUCACGAGUUUAUGAGGCCAUUGUUGUCCCUAAUUUUCCUUGUCUCUUCUUACAUCUCUUUUCUAAGUAAUCACACUGCCUCUCCUGACACCGAUUUGGUCGCUAUCGUCCAUCGUUGGACCUCACCGUACCCUUUCCCCAGAUAAUUUUUGAAGCUCCGCCCACCGGGUUCCCCGCAUUUCAGCCAUGGCUGAACAAAAUCUCCACUUCGAGACCCUUCAGCUUCACGCUGGUCACGAGCCUGACUCGGCCACCAAUUCUCGCGCAGUCCCCAUCUACGCCACAACUUCCUACACUUUCAAUGACUCCGCCCAUGGCGCAAGGCUCUUCGGCCUCAAGGAGUUCGGCAACAUUUACAGCCGCAUCAUGAACCCCACCGUCGACGUCUUUGAGAAGCGCAUUGCAGCUCUCGAGGGUGGUGUUGCUGCCGUUGCAGCUUCCUCCGGCCAGGCCGCUCAGUUCAUGGCUAUCUCCGCAUUGGCGCAUGCUGGCGAUAACAUCGUCUCCACUAGCAACUUGUACGGCGGUACUUACAACCAAUUUAAGGUGCUUUUCCCGCGCCUAGGUAUCACUACCAAAUUUGUCAAUGGCGAUAGUCCGGAGGAUAUCGCUGCUGCUAUUGAUGAUCGGACCAAGGCUGUGUAUGUCGAGACGAUCGGUAACCCACGCUAUAACGUGCCCGACUUUGAGGCCAUUGCAAAGGUGGCGCAUGAUAAUGGUAUUCCCCUCGUGGUUGACAACACCUUCGGUGCCGGUGGCUACUUCGCCCGCCCCAUCGACCACGGCGCUGACAUCGUCGUUGAAAGCGCCACUAAGUGGAUCGGCGGCCAUGGUACAACUAUCGGUGGUGUAGUUAUCGACAGCGGCAAGUUUGACUGGGGCAAGAAUGCCGCUCGCUUCCCUCAAUUCGUUGAACCCUCCGAAGGCUACCACGGACUCAAGUUCUGGGAGACCUUUGGUCCCAUCGCCUUUGCUAUCCGCGCGCGUGUUGAAAUUCUGCGUGACUUGGGCUCGGCGUUGAACCCCUUCGCGGCCCAGCAGUUGAUUCUUGGUCUGGAGACGCUGAGUUUGCGCUGCGAGCGCCAUGCCACUAACUCCCUUACCCUGGCUAAGUGGCUCCAGAAGAAUGAGCAAGUCUCUUGGGUCUCGUAUCCCGGUCUUGAGGAUCACCCUUCGCACGCUACGGCGAAGAAGUAUCUGACUCGCGGAUUCGGCGGUGUUCUGUCCUUUGGUGUCAAGGGUGGUGCGGCGGCUGGAAGCCAGGUUGUUGAUGGCUUCAAGUUGAUUUCCAAUCUUGCCAAUGUUGGCGACUCCAAGACUUUGGCUAUUCACCCCUGGUCUACUACCCACGAGCAGCUCACUGACCAGGAGAAGCUUGAUUCUGGUGUCACCGAGGAUGCUAUUCGUAUCUCAGUCGGCACUGAGCACAUCGACGAUAUUAUUGCCGACUUUGAGCAGUCCUUCAAUGCAUUGAAGGUUGCUUUGCCGGAGCGCACAGCCUAAGAGAUGUGCUCGAUAAGCGCCACUUUGGAUUAUGAUUGGGUGUGAUUUUACAAGGAGUUAGUUAUUUACGGCUGUAUUGACGCAGGAGAUCUGUGAGGUUUAGCUUAUACCCCAGAGGUGAAAGUCUUUCGUGCGUCGUAUUUAGUAAUGAAUCAAUGAUAUAAAUCUGAUGAGAAAUCAAUUA